UACUGGAUCAGCUUCUUCCCGAGCUGAACAUCCUGCUCAAACUCUUGGACCAUGAAUACCUGAGUGCCACCACAGUGGAGAAGAAAAACACUGUUUCAGAUAUCUUGCAAAAGCUACAGCCUCCUGCAGGGAAGGAUGUGAAUUACAUGUAUAUGAAUACGACAGCACUGCAUAAUGGCACUAGUUUUGUGGAAUCACUGUUUGAAAAGUUUGACUGUGACUUGGGCAAUCUUCAGGACAUGCAAGAAGAUGAUGGAGAUGGUAAAGAAGGCAUCAGCUUGGAGCUUUCAAGGAGUCAAUCAGCUAAAAGUGUUUCUGGGGAGCCGCCUCCACCAUUGCCCACGACUCCUCCUCCAGAAGAUUAUUAUGAAGAAGCUCUGCCGUUGGGCCCAGGCAAAGCUCCCGAGUACAUUACAUCUCACAACAGCUCCAGUCCUCCCAAUUCAAUAGAGGACGGAUACUAUGAGGAUGCAGAUAGCAACUAUCCUGUCACCAGAAUAAAUGGGGAGCAGAAAAACUCUUACAAUGACUCUGAUGCAAUGAGCAGCUCCUAUGAAUCUUACGAUGAGGAGGAAGAGGAUGGGAAAGGCCAGAGGUUAACACACCAAUGGCCAUCAGAGGAAGCUUCCAUGAAUCUGGUGAAGGAUUGCCGGAUUUGUGCUUUCCUGUUGCGUAAGAAGCGCUUUGGACAGUGGGCCAAGCAGCUGACAGUUGUUAAGGACAACAAGCUUCUGUGUUACAAAAGCUCCAAGCACAGACAGCCACACCUUGAAGUGCCUUUGAGUACCAGCCACGUUGUCUAUGUGCCAAAGGAUGGCCGCCGCAAGAAGCACGAGCUGCGCUUCACACUACCAGGAGCUGAGGUCCUAGUGUUAGCAGUGCAAAGUAAAGAGCAAGCUGAAGAAUGGCUGAAG